AUGUGUUUUGCAAUGUUCAACAAUCAACCAAAUGAAGGUCGUAAUUGGGCAGAAAUAAUUCUUCUCAUUAUCGAAGUUUUCACAUUCAUUCUUUUCUUCAUAUCUUUUUUCUCGCUUUGGUGGACUCCGCUACCCUAUAUUCUUUUGGCCAUAUUCAUUAUUUUGGUGAUUGUCAGUUUCAUAUUGCUUUUCAUUGAAGGUUACAACUAUCCACCAAAGACACAAUGGAAAAGUUUGGGACCAAAUGAUAUUGCUUUGAUUACUGGCGGCUCGAGUGGACUAGGUUUGGAGAUUGUGAAGUCGUUGUUGAUGCGAGAUGUCAUGGUGUAUGUACUUGAUCAAAAUCCAGUUCCAUUGAAAUUAGCCGAGGAAACAAAACUUCAUUAUAUUGCUUGUGAUUUAGGAGAUGAGUGUGAACUCAGGGAUAAGUUGAAUAGAUUGAUUCAUGAUUUGAAUGAAAAGAGGCAGUACAUUAGUGUUCUUGUCAACAAUGCUGGAGUCAGAGACCAUCGCUCUUUGGUAAAUUUGAAUUUCGAAAAAGUCAAGGCAAUGUUUAAUAUCAACACCAUCCUGCAAGUUUAUAUUUUGCAAAAAGUACUUUCUAAUCACUUGUCCUACAAUGGAAAUGGUAAAUUGUCAAUUGUUACCGUAUCUUCCAUAUUAGGGACAUUUGCACCAAAGAAUUUAUCAAUUUACUCAGCAACAAAAGCAUCACAAAUCAUGUUGCAUGAAUCGUUACAACAGGAAUUGAAACAGUUCCCCAAGAUAAGAUUGUUGUUGGUGACAACUGGACAAAUGAAUACUGAAUUGUUUAAAGAUGUAAAACCUACAAAGCAGUUUAUCGCACCAGUUGUUGAUCACGUUGAAUUAGCUCAAACAAUCACCAAAAAAGUUGAUAGAGGUUACAUGGGCUGUUUGGCAGCACCAAUGUAUGCUAAUUUCCUUCCAGGAAUAAGAACUGCUCCGUUGUUUGUACAAGAUUUCUGUAGAUGGGUGAGUGAAAUUGAUGACAAGGUCAAGGACAUUAUUUAA